CAACUAACUACUUCAACUAACCUCUUCCAUUUUGUACCCCUGAUAUAUAACUUCACAAAAUGAACCUAUGUAGUAUGAACUUAUUAAUACCACAGCAGAUUUAGUUUAGGAAUUCUGACAUGUAUCCAAUACCCUCUACCCUAUCCGUUCUCAACUAUCUAAAAUUCUUACUCAUGUACUAGUACCCAACCCCACCAGAAUACGCAACCCACCAAUUAAAAACAAAAGGCAUUUCCAGCCACAUGAGCUUGGCAAAACCACAAGACAACAUGGACAAGUGUCCCCUUCUAGCUACCAUGAUUAAAAAAGAAAAAAAUAAGAGAUAGAGAAAAAUAUUCCUCCUCAAGUCCUAAUAUUUUGUUAGGUAGCUCCCCCUCCCCUUCCAAAACUUGCGUCCACCACUCAUGUGUGGCCAAGUGGAGAAUCCCCCUGUGCCAGCUUGGACUCUCUCAUCUCACCCCUUUCUUUGCCUUGUUGCUUUGGUUGGACAGCCUACACUUAACCACAUUCCCUUGCCAAAGCAUCACCUCCUUCCCACCCCUCCUAUAUAUGCACAAACACACAUAUACUCCGCACAAACACACAUAUACUCCACAUAUCCAGCUGCAGUUGCCUCUUCUACGCUACCAACAACAACAACGACGACAACAACAACAAGAAAGCGCACAACAACAACAAGAAGAAGAGGAGGCAACAAGGAGGAGUUGAAGUGGAAGCUUUCAGCUCACCUCUGCUCCCAUUCUUGCGCUUUCUCGGAGCGCAGGAAUGGGCGCGAUCGGGGAGUGGCGGAGGGGGCCGGUCAUCGGCCGCGGCGCGACGGCGACGGUGUCGAUCGCCACGGACCGCCGGACGGGCGGCGUGUUCGCGGUCAAGUCCGUGGACGUGGCGCGCGCCGGCGCGCUCCGGCGCGAGCAGGGCAUGCUCUCUGCUCUGGCCUCGCCGUUCGUCGUGCCGUGCGUUGGAUCCGGCGUGUCGGCGGCGGUGGACGGGAGCGGCGGGGCGUGCUACGAUCUGUUCUUGGAGUAUGCGCCCGGCGGAUCGCUUGCCGAUGAGAUCAAGCGGUGCGGCGGCCGGUGCGAGGAGCCCCUGAUUCGGUCGCGGGUGGGCGAUGUCCUGCGCGGGCUGGCGUAUGUCCACGCCGCCGGGAUCGCGCACUGCGAUGUCAAGGGCCGGAACGUGCUCGUCGGCGCCGACGGGCGCGCGAUGCUCGCCGACUUCGGGUGCGCGCGCUGGAUGGCGGCCGAGGACUGCAAUGCCGGCGGCGUGACGAUCAGGGGCACGCCGAUGUUCCUGGCGCCGGAGGCCGCGCGCGGCGAGGCGCAGGGGACGGCCGCGGACAUCUGGGCACUCGGGUGCACGGUCAUCGAGAUGGCCACCGGUGGCGCUCCGUGGCCGCGGUUUGCCGACCCCGUCGCCGCGCUCCACCACGUCGCGCACUCCGUCGACGUCCCGGAGUCCCCCGCGUGGUUCUCCGCCGAAGGGAAGGACUUCCUGGCGAGGUGUUUGAUCAGAGACCCAGCCAAGCGGUGGACGGCGGAGCAGCUGCUCGAGCACCCGUUCGUCGCCUCCGCGGCAUCCGAUUCCACAUCCAAGGCCGUGCAGAUCGAGCAGCGCGUUUCCCCCAAGAGCAUCCUCGACCAGUGCCUGUGGGAGUCCACCUCGACGGACUCCGACGCCACGGUGGCGCUCGCCCCCGCCGACCGUCUCCGCGCAUUGUCCGCCGGCGCGUCCGUCGCGCCCGACUGGACCUGGAGCAUGGACGACUGGAUCGCCGUCUGCGGCGGCCGCGCCGACGACCACGACACCACGCCGUCGCCACAACCCGACACCACCACCAGCUUCUUCCGCGGCGAUGAGGCUUCGUCAGACCUUGUCUUCCCCGGAGGCGGUGAGCUCGCGGCCGCCGCCGACGGCCCGCGCGGCCACGACGACGACGACGACGACGACGACCACGGCGUCUCGAGCUCACCCUGCAGCUGGCGCCGCAGUAACAGCGCGAUUAGUGGCUGUAAUAAUCGCAAUAAUAAUAGGUGCUGUAACUUUACACAGACAAAGCAAUGGAGUAUCAAGUUGGUUAAACCCUCCCCGCGUCCGAGCUGGCAGCCGAUUUAAUUACUUUCCCGCGUGCCGUUUCGACCGCCCGCGCCCACUUUUUCACCUUUUCGGCGGUGUCCUUUUCCGUCACGUGCCGGGCGUGAGACGUAAUUAGGAGGCUACCACUACACCCUACUCCCUACUAGAACAGGUUACGGCCUCUGACAGGUGGGGCCCAAGGAAGCGUACUGCAAACACGAGUCGGUUUAGAAAUUUUAAUUAGGCGUGGUGUGGUACUACUAUUAGUUGCGCCUAAUCGUGUUGGUUUUGGUUGAAUUUUGGCAUGAGGUUUGCGAGGGGGAAUUGGGGUUGGGUGACGUGCAACCACCUGGGCCAAGAAGUUUUUGGGUGCAGGUGAGACUGAGAGAGGCGCCGUUGCGGUUGCGGCCACUGUGCCAUUGAUGGCGAAAAGCAGCGAGAUUACGGGAGUUGAACGGUCGAUCGAGAGUCGCGUCGCGUCCGGGUCCGGCUAGCCAAGAUGGUUGGUUCGUUGGUUGGUUGAGUCGUCGGCGUCCGUUGCUCGCUGAGACCCACACCGAUUCGUCCAUUGAUAGUUUGCUACACUUGACAUGUACCCUUGGUUGUACCUGAGCUGCUAUAGGAACGGCAGAUGCUUUUGGGCGAAAAUGUUGGUACGGUUUUUUCUCCCUCUGCUUAGCGUUAGUGCUAGUGUUAGGAUUGGGUGAUGCAGUGGCCUUGCCUUACUAUGCCAUUAUUUAGGAGGAACCAAGAGUCAAGUCGAGAGCAGGAAGCAAACUGGAGUAGCUAGCAGGGCCUAAAGUACGUGAAGGCUACGCAAUCGAUAGCUAUAUGUUCCCUAAUUAAGGAAGGCCCAACAGCGAUUAUUGAGACAGUGCUCCAUUUCUUUAAAUAUUACGUAUAAGCUUUUAAUUAUUCCUAUAUAGUAGUAUUUUUUUUACGCAGAAAGUGCACACAGCCACCCACACACACCCAUCUAAGCAAACUAUUAGGGUGCGUUCUGCAGCGGUGGGAGUUUCAAAGUUUUAGAGAGUUUAAUGGUACAGUAAACUUUAUCUCUAAAUCAUUUAUAGCUAAUCUAAUACCCAAUUCAAUUCGUACAACGGUUACCUAUAAAUAUGUACUACACCAUUAAUAUCUAAUUCCACAUCUCAUAUACACAUAACAUUUUGGAAUACGUAUCACAAUUGGCUAUAAAUCUGUAGCUCAUUUCUCAUCUCUCUCUUAUCUUCUUCAUAUAUGCUUAUAGAUGACUUAUAGUCUGCUAUUGUACUUGCUCUUAUAUAUAUACUUUCUUUUUUU